AUGAAUCUUUAUGAAAUAAAUCAAUCAUAUAAACGAAAACAAGAGAAAUUUAAAAAACUUUCAUCUUGUUUUCAACAAAUGUUUUAUAAAGAUACAUUACAUUGUUUUACUACUUCAUUUUUACCAUAUGGUAGUUUUCGUAUUGGUAUUAAUGAACAAGAUCUUGAUACAGUAUUUGUUUUAAAUGAACUUAAAUUAGCAAAUGAUAAAACAAAUUUUGAUAAAUCAUUUCUUCAAUUAAAACAUGAUUCAAAUGCAUUACAUAAUCAUGUUGUUAAUCUACUUGAAACACAAAUAAAUGGAAAUCUCAAAGUUGAAAUUAUUUUUUAUCGAAAAGUUGAAGCAUUAUUUCCAAUAAUAUCAAUUUUAUUUAAUGAUCAAACAAAAGUAGAAAUGUAUGUACAAACUGAAAUAAAUAACAAACAAUCUUCGAACGUUUCAUUCUCUUCUCAACAGUCUAUACACGGGGUACAUGAUAUUGAACGUCUGUUAACAUAUGUUCGUUGUCCACCUAUAUUUCAAUAUCUCUUGACAUAUAUUCGUACUUGGGCUCAACAUGUUGGUCUUUAUGGACAAGUAUACGGUUAUUUAUGUGGCUAUUCUUUGGCUAUUUUAUGUGCAUAUAUUUGUCAUACAUAUUUACCACCAAUGAAAUCUCUUUCAUCAAUCGAACAAUUUUCUAUUGAUGAAUUUUUCUCAUUAGUUCAACAAUUUUUUUCAACUUUUGCAAAUUUUAAUUGGUCAUCACAAGCAUUUUGUCUUUAUCCAAAAACUUAUAAACAAUUAAAUCCAUUAGAAAAAUCAUCAGUACAUAAUCGAGAUUCGAUGCGUAUUAUAUCACCAAGUCCACCUUAUAAUAAUACAGGUCGAUCAACAAUAAAUUCUAUGCGUGAUUUAAUUAUUCAAAGUUUUCAACGUGUUCUACAAUUACUUGAUACAAUAAAUACAAUUAGUUCAGAAGAUAAAUUAAAUGGAUUAAAACAAAUUCUUGAAUUAAAUAAUGAUUUUCCAAAUGAAAAAAUAAAAUCACUAGUUCAAUUAACACUUUCAAGUGAAAAUAAUAAUGAAUUAGAUGAAUGGAUUGGAUGGAUGAAAUCACGUUUAGUACAUUUUAUCAAUGCUUGUGAACGAGGAUGUCAUUUAACUAUUCAAACACAAAGUACAAUUGAAUAUAAAUCAAAUAAUACUGAAGCAUUAUAUUCUAUUGGUUUUCAACUUGAUCCACAAACAUUAAUUCAAAAUCGAAAUUUUUCUAGUUGUUUAAAGAAAUUCCUUGAUCAAUUUCAUUUAUAUUCAAAUCAGAAAGAAUCAAUGAAAUUUACAUAUAAAAUAAUCUCAAUACAUGAUUGGAAACUUGAACGAAUGCAACCAAAAUCACAAAGAACAACUAAAUAA